AUGAUCACCAUGAACGAGCUCGUCGAUCUGCGAAUGCAGCAGCAUAUCGCGCACGAGAUCUACCGCCAUCAGAUAAUGCAACGCAUACCAGAUCCAUUUCCACCAAUGCUGCCCAUUCCGAUGCCACGUCACGUGAUAAUGCCACCCCGUGUCGCGUUGCCCGGCGUGGAGAUGACUCUGCAAAAUGACGAGCUCUGGAAGCAAUUCCAUCAGAUUGGCACGGAAAUGAUCAUCACAAAGAGCGGCAGACGCAUGUUUCCCUCGAUGCGCCUGAGCGUUUCAGGCCUGGAGGACGAGACAAACUAUUGCGUCCUGCUGGAAAUGGUGCCCAUUGGCGACUGCCGCUACAAAUUCUCCGGCUCGCAAUGGGUGCCAGCUGGUGGCGCCGAGCCGCAGAGUCCACAGCGCAUGUACCUCCAUCCGGACAGUCCAGCAACAGGCGCACACUGGCAGGCCCAGCCCAUACUCUUCAACAAGGUGAAGCUGACCAACAAUACGCUGGACAAUAGCGGGCAUAUUGUGCUGGCCAGCAUGCACAAGUAUCAGCCCCGUUUGCAUGUCAUACGCACCGCUGAUCUGGCGCAGAUACCCUGGGCGCCGCAGCAGGCUUUUGUGUUUGCCGAGACGGAGUUUGUGGCAGUGACAGCGUACCAGAAUGAUCGCAUCACGAAGCUAAAAAUCGACAACAAUCCGUUUGCGAAGGGCUUCCGCGAAACGGGACAAUCGCGCUGCAAACGCAAAAUGUCUUCAUCGCCAACCGAUGACGAUCAAGAUCUGCCCCAGACGCAUUUGCAGUCCCCUGGCUCGCUUGACAUGUCGCCAGGCAAAUCCACAUCGACAGCAGCAGAAGCAGCAGCAACAACCUCGAACAACAGCGAACAGGAUGGGCCGCAAAUUAAGCGCCUGAGAUCAAAUGGUUCCGCCUGUUCGUUAUCGUCAUCACUGGAUGGCGCUGAGCCUGUGCCUGUGCCUGUAGCUGUGCCUGGGCCUGGGCCUGGCGCCAUCUCAAUGGGUUCGCCCCCCGGCGCCACCACAUUCAUGCAGCACUUUCAGCAGAACAUGCAGACGCUGCUGCGACCCUCGCUGGUCGACCUGGCCUGCACCUACUUUGGCCGUCCCGCACAUGAGUACAAUGGAGCGACGCCGGCGUCGCAUUUGUAUCCGCCAGCGUCCAUUUUGCAAGCCGCACUGCCACCACUUCCGGCGCUUACCCUGCCGCACAACAUUUCCGUUCAGCAAACCGAUGAAUCGACAACUGAUGAAGCGGAGCUAGAUGUUGGCAGCGAGACGACGACAACAACGACAGCAACAUCACAUUCACCCCCGGAGCAGCUCCCGGCGCCCGAGGCACCCGCCAGGCGCAAAGGCUUCAGCAUAUCAGCCAUCCUGGGCGGCGGCAGCUAG